CUUUUUGUCGUUAAUGGCGUAAUCCCCACUAUAUUUAGCAAGGUUCGAACAUUGUCUGAUUCGAGUGAAGAGGAAUGGUUAUGUAAGCCGCGAUUGGAUGAAAAGCCCAAGGUUUGCAAAACAUUGCUUCGAUUUGAUGUUUUUACAGACGAAAGUGAUGAUGACCAAGAGGAAAAUCUGGAGGUGGCAAAGACUUCUGUGUUUUUCAAAUCGAAUAGCAUAACAAUUUCUGCCACAACGUUGAAGAAAGUCGCCAAAGCUGCUGCUAAACAUGGUCGGAAGCGUAAAGCGUCUUCUGAUGAAGACUAUUUAGAUGAUGCAGGAAGCGAGAAAGGUUCAUACCGCGCUGAUAUUUCUUCUUUUGUUCAGGAUGAUGAGCAUCAUUCCCAGGACAGAGGGGAAGACGAUGUUAUGCUUGCAUGCCUCGAAUUUUUCAACACAUCUACUCUCGCGCAACUUCGUUCCACUCCGCGAAUGACUGAAAGAAUAGUGUCACAAAUAGUUGAACGUCGGCCGUUCAGUUCUUUCGCUCAAUUGGCAAUCUCGGAAGUACCACGGGGAAUGGGUGCUUUAAAUGCAUACAUGGAAUUUCUGGAGAAUCGUGGUGUUCUGGAGAAAAUUCUAGAUGAUUGCAAGGAUCAUGCUCUAUCAGUAGCUGCUGAGUUUGAACGCUGCACCCAGCGUAGACUCAAACCGGCGCUAUUGGAUGACAAGUCAGUGUGUUCCCUACACGAAUAUCAACAAGUAGGUUUGAACUGGCUUGUGAUGAUGCACGAAAAAGGAUUCAACUGUAUACUCGGCGACGAAAUGGGUCUUGGUAAGACUAUUCAAGUCAUAGCUUUCAUAGCUUAUCUAAAGGAGACAAACGUUCGCGGUCCACAUCUCAUAGUCGUACCGUCAUCAACAAUCGAAAACUGGAUGGCUGAAUUUGUUAAAUGGUGCCCGAAAGUUCGCUUGUUAACAUACUAUGGAAGCCAAGAAGAGCGGCGGCAGCUCAGGCAUAUGGCGAAAAAAAGGAAGGAGAAUGUAGGUUUUCUAAAAUGGAACGUUGCUUUAUCCAGAUUGAUAAGUUUUUCAAGAACUUCAGUAUUCAUUAUGUACGUGGAGUUGGACGGUUUCCAGAAAAUGCUCAUGACAGGAACUCCUCUACAGAAUAACCUCAUCGAGUUAAUAUCCCUGAUUUAUUUUGUAAUGACACAUAUUUUUACUAAGUAUUGCGAGGAUAUUGCUCAGCUCCUGCAACAUUUUAAGCAGCAAGGACCUGCGUUAGAGUCGGGCUCCCUUUAUCAAAAGGAUAGGAUAGAACAGGCGAAAAUGAUUCUGCAACCGUACAUGCUUAGGAGGCUAAAAGCUCAGGUUCUGGGACAUUUACCAGAGAAGCAUGAAGAGGUCAUAGAAGUGGAGAUGUUAGAAAGCCAAAAAGAACUAUACGAGGAUGUUCUGGAUAGUGUGCGAGGUGUGGACGGAGAUACAAAUAAUGCUUAUGGAGCUCUGAUGCGUUUGAGGCAAGCAGCUAAUCAUCCUUUGCUGCGGAGGGUCCAAUAUACAGAUUCAUUGCUGGACAAAUUGGCAAAAACCUUAUGUGCCAAGGAGAAACCAUACGAGAAAAAGAGGUGGGAGGACGUAGCGGAUGAUCUGUCUUAUCAAUCCGAUUUUCAAAUACAUCAAAUAUGUGAAAAGUUCCGUAGCACGAAGAAGUUUCUACUCAGCGAAGAUUUGGCACUCGAAUCAGGAAAGUGCCACGAGCUUGAUAAGCUAUUACCUAAAAUCAAAGAAAAGGGUGACAAAGUGUUAAUAUUCUCGCAGUUUACUUCUAUGCUUGACAUCCUUGAAGUAUACCUGCGAAUUCGGCAAUAUUUAUAUAGGAGAUUGGACGGUUCUACCCCUGUCAUGGAUAGACAAGAAAUGAUCAACGAGUUCAACAAUGAUCCAGAGCUAUGUGUAUUUCUUCUAUCGACGCGUGCAGGAGGCCUAGGCAUCAAUCUGACGUCAGCCAAUCAUAUAAUACUUCACGAUAUUGAUUUCAAUCCGUAUAAUGACAAGCAGGCUGAGGAUCGGUGUCACCGUAUGGGACAAGAGAAGGAGGUGUAUGUUACGAGGCUAGUCAGUAAGGACACUGUCGAGGCUGACAUCCACUGUUUGGCACGAAAAAAGCUGCAGCUUGAGAAGGCUGUGACGGAUGGAAUCAAGGGGCAACUAGAUGGUAGGUCGAUUUUACUCUCAUACAUUUUUUUCAGUGACAAAUUUUGUACAAAGUGCAAUCGUCUUCAGAAAACGAUGAGUUGUCUCGUGUAUCGGCAGAAAUAA